GAAAGUACACACGGCACUGGUAAUUUCAAGAGAAUACACACAGGAGACAUGAGCGAAUUUUUAAGUGAUCGAGUGGUUGACCUUACAAACUUUGCAGAACUUUCGACUGCAGAGGGCCACAGUAAAAUGGCAUUACUGCCCGAAAACCAAGAAAUUGAACACGCAGAGAGUGAACUUGUUAUUUCAGAGAGCGAUCACGGAGCACAGGGCUCUGAAGAAUAUGAGCAAAACUAUAGAGUGAACGGGCUAGACUGUGAUGGCGACCCAGCAAAGAUGGACCAAAGCCAGUCGCCCGAAGAAGAUGGUAGUCAUAAAACUGAUUGCAACGAUCCAGACGUGAAGCCAACUCAUUCUUACAUUGCGCUGAUAGCGAUGGCGAUACUAAGCUGCCCUAACAAAAAGAUGAUACUGGGAGAUAUCUACCAGUACAUUUCAGAUAACUUUCUGUAUUACCGAAAUAAGGACAAGAGUUGGAGAAAUAGUAUUAGGCACAACUUGUCGCUAAACGAGUGUUUUAUCAAAGCAGGUCGCAGUGAGAACGGCAAAGGAAACUAUUGGGCUAUUCAUCCGGCCAACGUUGAAGACUUCGCCAAUGGUGAUUUCAGGCGUAGAAGAGCCAGACGGCGGGUGAGGAGAAGUAAUCCCCUAAAAUAUGGAAGCAGCUCCUGUCCCUCGGCGUAUUUCCGGGGGCUGAGUCCUCUCUCAGCAUCCUCAUCUUUCUUUCCUUUUCGCGCUGACGACUGUCGCGGAUACCCGAAUCUGACCUACAUUCGUCCUACCAAGAAAAGCUUCGCCAUUGACAGCAUCAUGGGUUCUUACGAGUCCCCUUACCUGUACAGUCCAUUAUCCGUCUGGUCGUACCCUUCUCUGAGUUUGGUUGGAAGUCGAGAAUAUCCUGCCACCUCGCCACCCCACUCGCUUCUUUUCCAUACCUCACCGAAGCUUCUCUCUUGCGUAUCAAAAUUGGCAACAAACGCUAUUCCUGGGUGUGCUGCAACCUCACUGGAGUCGUCGGCGUUUUCGACUUACCUCGGAUCAAAAACUGUUGUCACACAGGGCCAAAAGGGCUCUACACCAGAAAGCUGGCAAGAAACUCUAUCUAAAUUACAAGAUCAACUGAGAAAAGUAACACCCUGAAAGAAACUGUUUCCGUAAAAACUCACAAAAGCUGAGGGAAUGUGACAAUUAAAACUGCUUAAGGAAGGAAAUUUUGCUGUUUCUCAGUAGAACAGAAACGUACCUGCCAAGGCUCAUUUUAAUGAGAAGCUCAAAAGAAAUAUAUCGCAAAUAGACUCGUGAAUGAACUAGUUUCUCUUUCAUUUGUGCAUGAUUAGGCACACUGUUUUUGAACCAUUACAAGACCUGCGUUGAUAUUUGUCCUUGAAUCAAAACCAUAACAUAACUCAAUCCCUGAAAUUGAUGUAUUUCACCCUGUCGGACAAGGAAAAAUGACCUAAGCUUUAAAAGAGAUUAUAGAAACAAAACACCAAAUUGCAUUUGAUAUGAUGCGUCGACAUUUUCACUCAAUUAGCCAACGGAUAAGUCAAUUUUUUACACAUGGCGAUAUGGUUAAGUAGAUGAAACACUAGUAGAAAUAAAGAGUAAGACGUCUUAUUUAGUGAAAUAUUA